AUGCAAAACAUCACUGACUCUGAGUUUCAGCGCGAGGUGGAAGCCCUUAAGUCGCACCGGCGCAUCUCGGUCAAUCGACCUCUGCUCGACCCGGAUCUGCCAGACUUGGCCGCUGCAUACGGGGGCGGCCGAGAAAUCCUGGGGCCCGACGCAUCCAGAGCAGGUGUCAGCCUUUCCGAUGACGGUCCUUCCUCAAGCGCGGGAGGCAGGACACCCUCCACUCGCAGUAAUGAGCGGCAGGCAUUCACUGCACGGCGUCGAGGGACAGGAGCAUCGUCCAUAGACACAUCUUCGUCCAAUAGUCAGCGAGAAGCAGCUCGAAGCCCCAUCACGUCGGAUGACGACGUACCUCUCACGGCGCCGAUGGACCCCAGUCACCUAUUCUGGGUACCUGCUUCGAUGCACCCCGAGAUAUCUCCCACCGAUUUUCGCAAGUUCCUCCACGAACAUGCCUCGAGGGCAGUUCGCGAAGGGGCCACUCCUUCAGAAUCGCCUUCCAGUCCCAGCAGCUCCAGCAGCUCCUCUUCGGGGCUCAGUUCAGGGAGCACCGGGACUCCACAGGCGUCGUACCCUUUCGCUUCCCGUGCGAGCUCAAUUGGAGGGGGUCUCGGGGGCCCUUCUUCUCCUGGAUCCCCGAUCGAUUUGGUCAGUCGUAAUACUUCUAUAGCUCGAAGAGGAAGCACACUGCGGCGACAGUAUCGCCCAGAAAGCGAUACUGACGACGGCAGUGAUGGUAGGCGGACGCCUGAAGACGUCGGAGGAUUGCAGCGAGGAGGGCUUCGCGGCUCACUGGCACGUCGUGCCGGCUCGACACGACAGGCAGGACCUGCUUUGUCCAUCGAAGACUUACAGAAGCUGGAGCUACUUGCAGAGGAAGCCAGCAAGAGCGAAGAUCCGGCUCAGCUCAGGAGUGUUCUUCGGAGAACGAUGAGUCUAAGCAUGCCAGGCGCAGGUGAGCUGUAGACCCGAGCCAGUAUUACCCAUCAGAGCGUCGAGGAGAGCUCACACCAACUCGCAUCAAAACCUAUAGCUCUCGACCAGGUUGACGCCGUACCAGCCGAUGGCGAGGAUGCGCCUCUGAUCGUUCCACGGCCAGGCCAGAUUCUUCGCAGAGCGGCUAGGACCAAGAUCCGAAAAUCCUCCAUCUCGGAAUCGCGGCAAGCUAGAAGAAGGGGUCCAGGCAGCGGAGGCGCCGCAAACGGAGACUCGGGCUCGGAAUCGGGAUCGGCUGGCGGAAGAAUGGACAUGGCUUCAGUGGCUUUGGAAGCAAUGAGACGUCGAGAAAGUGACCAGUCUGGGUCUGGUCUAUCGUCGGGAGAGGAAGAUGUAGCUGGCGGCUCUUCGCGCCCAGUCUCGGAUGAAGCUACUGCAUCGAUUGUCGACGCGUACUCGCGCCACUCUUACAUAUCAGAUGGCAGCCAAAGGACCAGCCUCACUAGCCUCACGGAUAGCGUUGCAGAUUCUGCAGAUGGCCUUGGCGACACCACCCUUUCGGCGGACAAGAGGGCGCAAAACCGCAGCGUCGGCAGUAGCGACUCUCCGCCCCUCACCCCAACCCAGUCCUCGCAGUCAGCAGGCUACUUUGACAUCAGUCGAGAGGCUUCAACAGCUACCUCCGACAGGCUUGGGCCUGCAUCCCACGCGCUGUCGAGCGGCCAACGCAUCAUCAACGAUUCGCCAUUGCAGUCGCCUGACAAUGAGCUCGGUUCAAAUGAUGCCGUCAAGCGACCAAUUCCCAUCUCCCAUGUCCCUCCCGUGCCUGGAUUCGAGAAGGCGCGACCAAUACAGCCGCCUCUACACGCUGCUACUGCGCCUCCCGGCACCGGCGGCCUGCAUCAUCUUCCCCAAGCUAAGGAACAGGUGCACAACCCAAGCCAGCAUCAAGCUGAGCUCCGAAAUCAGCCCCCGCUGGUGAUGCCGUCACAACAACACUCAGUACCUCCAGCUUCGAGCCGAGGCCAUGCUGCUGGACCGUCACAAUUCCCGGUACCCACCAAAUCUGCAGAGAGCACCGCUCAGCGGCAUGGCAAGGAAAAGAAGGGAGGCUUUGCAUCUUGGUUUGGCAUUGGCAAGGAGGAGGAUGAAGCCGAAAAGCAAGCCAAAGCACGCAGGAAGGCGCAGGAGAAGGAGCGAAAGGAGCGCGAGGCUCAGGAGGCGGAGCGGCAAGAGCGCGAGAGGGAGGCUAGUAAAGAGAAGGAUACUUCCAGCUUCCUCGGAGCUUUGUUUGGAAGCAAGAAGAGAGGCGGUGAUGACCACCAUCAACAUCAGCCGGCGCACUUCCGGAACGAAGGGCAAAUCACUGCCGGAAGCCUGUUGGAUCGCAAUCGUCCUGGAGCUCCCGUGCACUACUAUCGCUAUCCUAUCCAUAUCGAACGAGCAGUUUACCGACUUAGUCAUAUCAAGCUUGCUAAUUCUCGCCGGCCACUCUACGAGCAGGUUCUGAUCUCGAAUCUCAUGUUUUGGUAUCUAUCUGUGAUCAACCGCUCACAGCAGCAGCAGCAGCAACAGCAACAACAGCAGCAGCAGCAACAGCAAGCGCCCCAGCAGCAACAGUCGCCAACAGGGACAGACGGCCAAUCACCAGCAGCAACAUCGGUGCCCCAGCAGCCUAUCCAGAACUCUGAUGGCACAGGAGCAGCGCCGCACCAUGGACAUGCAAGCCGCAAGCCGACUCUCGUCGACUCGAAUGUUCCGGAAUCCGGCACGCCCACGCCCACUGCGGAGGUCCCGAAUCCUGCCUCUCCCGCGCCAAAGGCGAAGAGAACUGGGCUCGUCAAGCCCAAUCGCGCUCCGCCGGGGAGCAGGUCUGCUGAAAUGGCAAUCCCGGCCGCAGGCUACGGUGCCCAGCACCGGCAGAUCGAUAGUGACAUGGCGAAGCAACAGGGAACAAAUAGAACAGGCUCCGCCCAAGCAAAUGGAGGAUCUGCACAGACAGGACCAGGUCCUUCGAGUGGCCAAUUGGCCCCAGGACCUCCAGCCAUGGCGCCUUCGAUCUCAGUGGGACAAGUAGUAGAUCCGCGCUCGCUAGGAGCUCAUUCGGGCUAUCACGUGCCCCCUCCUGCGCAGGGCACCCCAGGCUCGGGACGCCUGCCACCUGGAGCUGCACCGCCCGGCUCUACAUCCGGUCGCGGCACGUCUACAGUCCACCAAGUAUCAGCAUCAAUGGCUAGCGGGUCCUCGACCAGUCCAACACUCAACCCAGAGCGUGUGAGAGGAAAGCAAUCCCCGUCGAGCGGCUCCUUCGCUCCCGAUGCACGCUCAGGAAGCUCGGGGGCAUGGCUCGCUAGUGGCGGCGAGCCACGUCGAAGAGGUCCGAGUCCGGUCGGAGACGAGCAAGCCUGGCUAGGUGGUGGCGGACCAGGUGCAAGCGAUCCCUCAAGUUUAUCGAGUAGGCCUCGCUCCAAGUCGCCUCAGCCAGAUCGAACCAGCGACCCUGUCCUUCAGUCUUGGCGAUCCCAGGAGCAUGACUGGGAGGACAGUAAAUCGAGUCGCCAGCGGGCCAGCGAGCCGAGAGAUGUUGGUUCAGAUUACAAUGGCACGGCGCACCGACACGAUGCGCGAAGUCUCGAUGCUGGGGAUGGACGAGUACGAAAGAUCAGCUCUGGUGCUGAUGGUCGAUCCUUACCAGGAAGUAGGCAGCCCAGCUCCCGACCGGCGACGAGCGGUAGCGACAAUUCAAGCUACACCAGCGCGCAGUCGGGAAGGUCUAGCCCCAAUCAGCCCAUCGUGUCGUUGGAAGGUGCUGAUCCCAGGAGUAGGACAAACGGAGGACCCCGAGGCAUGGCACCCAUCAACCCUGCUUCUGCUCAUUCGCAGAGCAGCGGGCCAGCAGUGGUGCUGCCUGGCGGCAGCGCCAUGCUUGAAGCGGCACGGACAAGUCAAUCGCGAAGACGGUGA